AACGGUGGUUAAGAGACCAAUUUCUGCCGUUGUUGGGUUCGUCUGCUAGAGAAGACCUUCUCGUGUCGAAAUCUCUGCUGCAGAGUAUAUAUUUCGAUUCCCUUUAAAAUCACACUGCGCCGAAGAAGGAUUGAUUGCAGGGAAGCUGAAUCCUGCUGGACUCCUCUGCUCGGAUCUCAUAUAAAGUGCGGGAUUUUAAUUUUGGUCUGCCAGAUCCAGCUGCUUCUGCCGUGCCGUUGAAUCGCACGCCGAAUCGGGAUCGGGCUCGACUUUUGUUGAUCCAGGUUUAAUUCUGCACGGCCCCAUACUUUGAAGUUGGGUUGGGUGGCUUAAUGAAGAACGGGAUGAUAGAGUGUAGUGUCUGUCAUUCCAAGCUGGUAUCACCGUCCUCGAGACCUAUUUCAAGAGCUUAUGAUAAACAUAGGAGCAAGGUAUCAUCAAAGCAGAGAGCUCUCAAUGCCUUAUUGGUUGGUGGAGAUUGCAUCCUUGUUGGUUUGCAGCCUAUUUUGGUGUAUAUGUCAAAAGUGGAUGGGCGCUUCAACUUUAGUCCUAUUAGUGUCAACUUUUUGACAGAAAUUGCAAAAGUUAUAUUUGCAGUUUUAAUGCUUAUAUUUCAGGCUAGGCGGCAGAAGGUUGGAGAAAAGCCACUUCUAUCAUUUUCCACAUUUAUUCAGGCUGCUCGUAAUAAUGUGCUUCUUGCUGUUCCUGCUCUUCUAUAUGCUAUCAAUAACUACCUGAAAUUCAUCAUGCAGCUAUAUUUCAACCCUGCAACAGUGAAAAUGUUGAGCAAUCUAAAGGUUUUGGUUAUUGCCAUACUACUGAAGAUCAUAAUGAAGCGGCGGUUUUCAGUAAUUCAGUGGGAGGCACUUGCUUUGUUGCUCAUUGGCAUUACUAUAAAUCAGCUUAAAUCAUUCCCUGAGGGUUCCACUGCGUUGGGUCUUCCGGUUACAACUGGGGCAUAUGUAUAUACAUUUAUAUUUGUUACGAUUCCUUCUAUGGCCUCGGUCUUCAAUGAGUAUGCCUUGAAAAGCCAAUAUGACACCAGCAUUUAUCUUCAGAACUUAUUUUUGUAUGGGUAUGGAGCUAUAUUCAACUUUCUUGGGAUUCUAGGAACAGCUAUUAUUAAAGGUCCUGACAGCUUUAACAUAUUGGAAGGGCAUUCAAAAGCAACAAUGCUUUUAAUAUGUAACAAUGCUGCACAAGGGAUUCUCUCUUCUUUUUUCUUUAAAUAUGCUGAUACAAUUUUGAAGAAGUAUUCAUCAACUGUUGCCACUAUCUUUACUGGCAUAGCAUCUGCUGCUUUGUUUGGCCAUACUUUGACCAUAAACUUUAUGUUAGGGAUAUCAGUGGUUUUUAUCUCAAUGCAUCAGUUCUUUUCACCUCUUUCAAAAGUCAAGGAUGAACAACAAAAUGGGGUGCUUGAGAUGAUGGAUGUACAGGAUACUCACAGGGAGAAGAAUUCAUCCUUCAUAAACAUGACUGCCGGAGCCAAUGAGGAGGCUAGUCAUCAUGUGGAGGAUGAAAGAAAACCACUUCUUCCCCUUUAAAGUGAUUUUGGCAGUGGUUUCUUCCUGCUCAAUUACUCGAAUGUGUGGGACAUGAGGAUUCAGCUGGCAAACUAGGGAAAAUAAGACAGCAAAUAGCAAUCCAUCGCCCAUAAAAUACGGUUGGCGUUAUUAUUUCUGUCUGACAAUGUUGUGAGCUGGCGCGUUCGAGAAGGAAAACGCCACAUGUAUGCCUUACCCAUCUUCUUCUUAUUCUUGCCAUAUAGAGUUACAUUAUAAUGUAUGAAAUUAGUUGAUUCAUUUGCAACUCAAGAAAUUCUUUUCUUUUUUCCCAAUGAAAUUCAUUUUGGCUUUAUGUAUACUAUACUACCACUAACAAUGUUGGUUAUCCAAUUCUUUUGGCUUUUCCUUUAAGAAUAUCUCCUAUGAACA